CCAGCUUUUGAACAGAAGGGAAAAUAAUUCCUGCCUACCAAGAGUGAGACUGGACUAUCUAAGGAAAACACUUUGAGCAAAUAUCUAUAACAGAGGGAAACUAACUGAUUACAGAGCUGCUCCCCUCCUUGUGGCUUGGUUAAGAAGGCUCAUUUUUUCCAUCAGUCCACUGCAUUCAUAGAGGUAACUCAGCUACAUCUCCUGUGGUGAAGGAAAGAGAACGUGGGAAGAAAGACCAUGUCAACAACCCUUUGCCAAAUGAUAGGGUUUUUCCUGUCUACCCUGGGAUUUGCAGGAUGUAUUGCUGCCACAGGGCUAGACAUGUGGAGCACCCAGGACUUGUAUGACAACCCAGUCACAUCUGUGUUCCAGUACGAAGGGCUUUGGAGGAGUUGUGUGAAGCAAAGCUCUGGUUUAACUGAGUGCCGACCAUAUUACACUAUUCUUGGUCUUCCAGCUAUGUUGCAAGCUGUGAGAGCUCUAAUGAUUGUAGGCAUUGUCCUGGGUGCCAUUGGUCUUUUAGUGUCUAUCUUUGCCCUGAAAUGUAUUCGGAUUGGCAACAUGGAUGACUCUGCCAAGGCCAACAUGACUCUGACCUCUGGAAUCAUGUUCAUUGUGUCAGGUAUUUGUGCUAUUGCUGGAGUGUCUGUUUUUGCAAACAUGCUAGUCACUAACUUCUGGAUGUCUACAGCUAAUAUGUACUCAGGAAUGGGUGGAAUGGUUCAGACAGUUCAAACCAGGUACACCUUUGGUUCUGCUCUCUUUGUUGGCUGGGUUGCUGGAGGCCUUGCUGUGAUUGGAGGCAUUAUGAUGUGCAUUGCUUGUCGUGGUCUAGUUCCAGAGGAAACCCAUUACAAAGCUGUGUCUUAUAAUGCCUCAGGUCACAAUGUUGCCUACAGGACAGGAGGCUACAGAACUAGUACUGCCUAUGAAUCCAAAAUGAAAUCCAAAAAUGGGGAUGAAGCACAGUCACAUCCUUCCAAAUAUGACUAUGUCUAAGGACCCAUUAUACAGUGUGUGGGAGAAGAAAAUUGCCUCGCAUGGGUACUAAGGAAAUUAUACACAGGCUUCCUUAUUUCUUUUGGCUAAAUUUAGUUAUUUGAAUAUUUGGAAGACUUUUAAUUUCAAAUAUUGGUUGUCAUGUGAUAUGGUCUAAUAUACUCUAUUUACAAUUCCAUUACAGUGUAUUUUGUAUAAAAGUUAUUAGGAGCAUUGGGGAUAGUUAUGAUUUUUGCAAUUUCUAUUUCUUUUGUUAAUAGGUUUUUUUUUCUUUAGUUAUAGUAUGAGAUUUAGAUCCUUUUUGAAAUCUUUGGCAUAUGAGCAUGCUUCCCCCACUAUGCCAAAGGAAAACACUCCACUUCUAAUCAAAAGAAAUCAUUUUAACCAAUCAAAAAAGAAUAUUUCCUGAUGCUUUCUCUCCAUUCAAAAGCCUUUAAUUUUUUUACCAUGGCUAAACAAAUAAUGAGGUAACUGAAAAGAAGGAAGCUUUGAAAUGUUCUUUGGGUCUUUAAGUGAAAAGGAGGAAGAAUUGGAACUUCCUUUGAGUCUUUCUCUAACUAAAUCUUCCUAUAUUAUAGUUUUCAAAGUCAUUUUUGCUUUAUAAGAAUAUAUAUCCCUGAAUCCAAAUGAUUUCACAAUUUGAGAAACUUUGAUUGCCUAUUCUGUUAGGUGUUAGUUAGCAUUUUUCUUCUAGCACUUCAACCUAGCUAGAAAACAUCCAAAUAUUUUUCACACAAGCUCUGACGGUAUCAUUUUUUAAAAGAACAUGAAAAUAAAGAUUUGAGGAUUGUGCCUUUAGGGGAUAGAGGUGAGGGCUCCAAUGAAUUGUUGUUUAUUUUUAUUUUUUGCUACUUAAGCUCUAGGUAAAGUUAGCCCAAGUGUUAAAUUAUAAAAAUGAUAAUACAUCUUUAUAAGACAGACUAACUACUAUACAAUUUAAAGGAUGAAAUAAUAAUAAAAAAUUAGGUUUAUAUUAUAGGUUUUGUACUUUUUAUUGAAUCUCCUUUAUUUUUUAAUCCAAUAAUUAUUAACAGAUUCUGGUAACUUCUCACCCUUCAGUCUCUACUAUUUAUAUUUUGUUUACUUCACAGGAAAAAUUUAAUAUGACAUUAUAUCAAUUUAAAAUGAAGAAAGCCAUCAUAGUGUCUGGUACAAAAAGAGGUUUCAUGAGUAUUUUUGAUCACUGGUUACAGAAUUUUCUGUCAGAAGAUAGUUGUUCUCCAAAUAGUUUGCCUGCAAUUAACCUUUAUGUUUCUAUAGACACUACCAUAUUGCAUCAAAUCAAAUCAAAAGCACUUUCAGGUUCCAUGCUUUACUUUUUUUUUUUGUUGUUAUUUUUUAGGUUGUUUUAUUGACUAUUAAUUCAAAUCCAAGAAUGCAUUUUGUGUAGAAAUACCCUGAAACAUUAUACUGAUUCAGAUUCUUUUACCAUCACAUUAUAUGAAAAUUUUGCUUAACUUCCCAUAUUUCUUUUUCCUGGAUCUGGUUGGAGACGUAGUUGGGCAAUAAUUUGUCUGAAAAAUUCUGGGGGUUUUAGCUGCAUAUGAAUUAGCAGUGUGAUGCAGCAAUCAAAAAAGUUAAUGUAAUCUUGGGCUAAAAGGAGAGGCAUAGCUUCAAAGAAGAAGGAAAAAUAGUUUCUAUAUAUUCUGUCCUCAUCAGAUUACAUUUAUAGGAUUAGGGCUGCUUAGAGUUCUAUUUAUGAACAGCAGUAAGUUGGAGAGUUUCUAAAAGAUGACAACCACUUUGAUAAAGGACCUUGAGGCUAUGUCAUAUAUGUCAUAUUUGAAAGAAUUGGUCUCAGAAACAAGUAUGUGAAAGAUCAUAUUGAAGAACAGGAAUUAAAUUUGUUGUUUUCCUCCAGAUGGCAGGACCAAGAGCAAUAAGGAAAACUUAUUUUUUAAAAAGGCAAAUUUAGGCUGGAUGACAGGAAAACUUCCUAAUUAGAGUUGUUCAAAAGUGGUUCCCAGAGGUAGCAGAUUCUCCACUUAUUGGAGAAAUUCAAGAGCAGUGACUGAAUUAUCAUUUGUGCUAUAAUGGGGGUUCCUUCCCAGUUAUGGGCAGGUCUAAAUGGCUAGUGUGGUCCUUUAAACUCUCUAUUUUUUUUUAUUCUGGAAACAAUUCUCUGGAAGUAAGAUAGGCAUUCUGGCAAACUAUAGUCUCUCUUUUCCAUCAGUUUCCAGUGCAAUGAAGUGAAUUCAUCAGGGAUACAUGAGAAUUGAAAAUGAACGCAAUUCUAAGAGUACCUUAUCUAGGUGUAAUUUAGUCACUAGGGAAACUGGAUGGUAACAUUGUAAAUCAGUCAAAAGAAUAUUCACACCAUUAAUUCAUUCAUGAUCAAUUUUUAUAAGGACAGACUAUAUUUAAAAAGCAUUUAUUUAGCACCUAUGAUGUAUAGAAUACAUUCAUAGGUACUGGGUAUACAAAGGCAAAAUUUAAAUAUCUACACUCCAGGAGUUUAGUUCUAAUUGAGGAUAUAUUACAAUUUUUCUAUCUAAUCUAAUUGAAUAUUUAUCAAGUUCUUCCUACAUGAAAGAUACGUGUUGUGCACUAAGGACAACCAGAAGCAGAAUAAAAAAAUAGGUUCUGCUUUGAAAAGCUUACUUUUUACUUGGAGCAUAUAUUAGGACUCUUUUCAGUCUAAAAGCAUAUAUAGCACAUAUGCUGAGUAUAAGGCACUAUAUUAAAUAUUAUACUUUCAUUUGGGAAAAUUAAAAAGCUAAAAAACUUUCCAUAGUAUAUAAAGUCCUGAGAGUAAUGAAUUGGAUUUUUUUCUACCAAAAGUUAAAUUAUUAAAGCAAUAAUGCAUUUCUAGAAGUUUAAAGGGAGUAAUUUGGGAAUAUUUUCAUUGACUAUUUUACAUGAUAAGUAGCAUUAACUGAAAAAUGUCAUGGGAUGAAAAUAUAAGUAAAUUCAAGAAGCAUUUAAAUGAAAUCAAAUGGUGUAAAGGUUGUAAGUAGAUUUUUAAAGGUAUGUAGUUAUGUUUUAGGCACAUACCUCAAUUUAUGAAAUAGAUAUUAUACUCUCUAACAAAACCUUAGUGCUUUUGUCAAAAAUCAGAUGAUGGGCUGCAUGCAUAAACAUGGCAUUUUGUAUAUGAUUGAGUUAAUUUUGUUUUGUUUGGGUUUCUUAGUGUGAUGCCUCACUCUCCAAAAUUUUGUUUUAAAGCCUAGAUUUAGAAUGACUCUUCUUUAUGAUUAAUUACUCUUAUAUACUAUUUUUGUAUGCAUCAAAUAUAACUUCAUGUGUUUUAUUAUUGAAAUAUUAAAGGCACUAUUACCUUAAAA